AUGUACUCCCAACACCGCCCAAUCCAAGACCUAACCAAAGGACAUCUAAUUCCAAUCGUCAAUACAAUAAUAGGAGAAACAGAUAUGAUAGGAGAUGAUUCAACCUAUGACUCCAGAGAAGAUGAUGACUAUAACGUUGAUGAAGGCAGACCCUUGGACAAUCUUUCGAGAGAAAACUUAGAAAGGGAAGAGGAAAAUGAUGAUAAUGAUUAUAGGAAUCCCGGUGAACAGCAGGAAAUGUUAGAUCAAAUGUGA